AUGCCAAACUUGGACACGAGUGAGACACUAAUUUCACCUGCUACUGAGACUGGGUCUCAAAGCCACUUGACUGGGGAUGAUGCACUGUCCCAAGCCAUGCUGAGAGUGUUGGAAAAGGUCAUUGGACCCCAUUCUGAAUCUGGGGGCAGUGGGUUGGUAACUGAAUUACUUUGGUCUAAUGGAGUUGAGUUGUUUAGGGGUGUCACUGGAGUCGCCCUUACUAUGUCUGAGUAUUGGUUGAAGGCCAUUAAGAGGAUUAUGAAUGACAUCGACUGCACUCCUGAGCAGAAAUUAAAGGGUGCAGUUUCUUUGCUUUGCGAUGAAGCAUAUCAAUGGUGGUUGUCUGUUGAGGAGGAUACUCAACCGGAUCAUCUGAACUGGGACUACUUUAAGAUUUCUUUCCAAAGAAAAUAUAUGGGUGUGAGCUAUGUGGAUACUAGUAGACGUGAGUUCAUGAAUCUUACUUUGAGGGAUAGUCUGAGGGUUUUGAUUACUCCACAGAGGGAGCGUGAGUUUGUUGUUCUUGUGGAUAAGGCGAAGAUCGCCGAAAAGGUUAAACGCGUAGAGUACCAAAACAGAGACCGAGAGAGAGGCAAGAACAAGAGGGAUUCAAAGUCUUCUAGUUUUGUUCAAAGGCCUAAGAAAUGGGUUAGAUCUGAUGGACCAGUUAGAGUGAAAGUUCUUGUUACUCAUACUAGGAUUCAGGCUUGUGGUGGUUAUGGUAGGUGCCAUCCGAGUGAGUGUUGGAGGAGAUUAAGGGUUUGUCUAUGGUGUGGGUAUUUGGAGUACUGGAUUAGAGAAUGUCCACAUCGUACCGAUCAGAUGUAA